UGGAAAUUAUUUGCUUAAUCACAGAAAUAAAGAGGAGCUUCCCCAGGAGGAGUUGAGCUCAGCUCCAGCUUGUCAGGCUGGGGGUUGUCACCACCCCCUGUGUGGAAGGUCCCGUCCUGGGCUGUUUCCAGAGGCAGCUCCUGGCUGUGCUGGCACUGGGCUGAGCUUGGGCUGCUGCCAGUUCCAGAUUUAAGUCAGAGCUGUCCUGUGAAAAGAGCAGAGGGAGCCACCAGCUGAGAGUCACUGGCGAGGGAGUCCUUCCCCAAGGCAGACCGUUCAGAGAGGGAAACUCAUGGAUCUCACAAGCACAGUCAUCAUCCCCCUGCUUUUUGGCAGCCUGGGGAUCUUCGCCGUUUUCCGGCUGCUGCAGUGGAUGCGGAUGCGAGCGCAUCUCCAGAAAGCUGUGGUGGUGAUCACAGGGGCCACCUCUGGCCUGGGAAAAGAAUGUGCAAAAGUCUUCCAUGCAGCUGGCUCCAAGCUGGUGCUCUGUGGCAGAGACAGUGAGAAACUCAAAGAUCUGGUGCAGGAGCUUUCAACCAUGACCAAUCACCACCAGAACGCACACAAACCUCACACUGUGGUGUUUGAUCUCUCGGACACAAAAAGUGUCCUGAAUGCUGCUGAGGAGAUCCUGAAGUACCUGGGCCACGUGGACAUCCUGAUCAACAAUGCAGGCAUUAGCUUCCGAGGCACAGUGGUGGACACAAGACUGGAUGUGGACAAGAAAGUGAUGGAAACAAAUUAUUUUGGUCCUAUAGCCCUCACCAAAGCACUUCUCCCCUCCAUGAUCAAGAGGAGACAAGGCCACAUUGUGGCCAUCAGCAGCGUUCAAGGCAAGAUAAGCAUUCCCUUCAGAUCUGCCUAUGCUGCCUCCAAGCAUGCUACCCAGGCCUUCUUUGACUGCCUGCGAGCAGAGGUGGAGCAGUAUGACAUUGAUGUGACAGUGAUAAGCCCUGGGUACAUUCAGACAAACCUCUCUCUCAAUGCUGUCACAGCAGACGGAUCUCGCUAUGGAGUUAUGGACAAGAACACUGCAGAAGGACAGUCAGCUGCAGAGGUGGCUCGGGUGGUCCUCCGUGCAGUGGGACAGAAGAAGAAAGAAGUUCUUGUGGCUGGCCUUACCCCCUGCCUGGCUGUCUACCUGAGGAACCUCUGCCCCAGGCUCUUCUUCACCCUAAUGGCAGCUAGAGCAAAAAAGGAGAGAAAAGCAAAGGGCUCCUAAGAGCUCAGCUCAGCCCAGCAGUGACUGUAGGGAGAGGCUGGGCCCCUGCAGUUUGGCUGGGACAUCACUGGAGGGGUCCCAGCAGGAAAAAACUUUUCUCAAAAUGCUGGAAUUGACCUUUGCAUGGAGGGUGGGAAGCAGUUUCCCCCACAUCAGGACAGGCUGGAAGACAGCACCUAACCCUCACCUGAAGAAGGGGGACAGGAAGGUUUGGACAAAGGGGGAGAGCUGAGGCUGCAGGGGAGGGUGACCCAAGGGAACACUUUGCAGCAGGGAAGACAGCACCUCCCCUCACUGCAGGCAUGCUCAGCUUUCCUGGUCUGCUGCAAAUAAACCCCACCUGAUUUGCCUUCACUUGGCUUUCCCCACCCACCCGGUGAAAUCCAGUCCUCAGCUGGGAAGCUCUUGUGAUCAGCAUCUGCUUCCCACUCCUCCCAUCUGAGCCUGAAGUGGUGAACUUCACAGAGCCUCUGGUCACUAUGCCAAACCAUCUGAUAGAAUAAGCUCAAGUCCAGUGCCACUUUUAAAGAAGGAACUGAUGUAAAUUUCAUUUGGCAACCAUUUUACCUGUCUGAAUCAUAUUUCCAAAGAAGUAACUGAUGUAAAAUGUAAAUUUCAUUUGGCAGUUAUUUUCCCUGUCUGAAUCCAGGGACAUUCAGCUCUGCUCUGCCUGGCAGCCCAGGCACAGGGUAGUGCAGGGGAAGCACUGACCAGACAGGAGCAGAGCAAGGUGUGAUGUGCAGCUGACAGCAGCACACCUGAAACACCUGCAGGUCUGGAGCACAGAGAAUCUGAGGAGAAUCUGCGUGGGUAGGGUGGACACUGCAGGAGACAGACCCUUAGUUCUCAUCUGUUUUCAAGCAAUUAAAGGUGCUAAUUAGGAUUUCAUCCAAUGGGGGGGAUGAUUGCUGCCCAUUCAACAGUCUGAGGGAGUGACAAAUCCUGUUCUUCACUCCUUUUCCUCAUGGGAGGGUACCAGCACCUCUAGGAAACAGGAGUGGCUGCACAGAGAGACUUCAGUGAAGACAGAAAUAAUAUUUUUAAACUUGUAACUGAAAUAAAGCCUACCAGUAGGAACUGAGGUCCAGACCCCUGCUGCCACCUCCAUGCCCUUGCCAGCAUUCUCUGUGUGUACUGCCUUUUAUGUCCUGCCUCUUGAGUGCACAUCUGAUGACAAAUAAAUGGUAUUAUUAUGAAAUCAA